UGGCGCCUCUCGUUGAUAAUGGUGGCACUCGCUGUUUCUGGUCUGUCAGGCGGUACCGCACGAGCGCACACGAGCUCGUGCCGCCUGCAGUCGUGUCGCAGAAGACUAGCUGGACAGCUAAUGGUAGCUUAGCUUCGUAGCUAGCCUGCUUUAAUACCAAUGCUUCGCAGAUGCAUUGAUUAUCGGACGUUCAAGCGCCAUUGUUUACGUCUGUCUUCGCAAAAAAUAUGAAUCGAACAACGUGACCACACACGUUGCCAUCUCGUUGACGUGGCCACUGCCGUUCUCAUGAAUGUCGACCCUCAGAUUCACGUCUGUGUGUACACCGACCCAGCGUGAUGUCUUGUCUGCUGAUGAAGAAGUGCCUCCGCCGAGCGAAGGAGGAGCGACUGGCGCUGCCGUUUGUUUCUGUUGUCAUUGCGAUAGUUGUGAAUGACCGCGGGCGCCGCUUCAGGUUCCAUCCGGGCGUCUCGGUAACCUUAAGCCGCCACAGUGCAGGAAAUGACCUAGAGGCCUUACAGAUACAUUUGUGCUUUUGUUGCUCUAAUCUGCAUCCGCAGAGAACAGCGAGUUUUGGAAGCACAUUUGUUUCCACAGUGAGUAAUAUCUACCUCAGCCAGCAGACGGGGGGACAAACCAGGAAGCUGCUGGAGACGUCGGACAGGCAGACGGAGCUAUCAGCUGGCCGCACGCUCACUGCCUGCAGAGCACUGCUAUUUUUUUUUUAAGGGGAUUUAAGACGGACUGGAUCUGUCUGCCCUCCACCUCCCACUAUUCCUCUGCAGAAGACAACACAAACAUCCACUCUUUCCAGCGUUUAUUAUUUUUGUUUUUUUAAAUGGUCCUUUUUUCUUUUGUGCUGUUGACCAGUGUGUCAUUUCCGUGGAUGCAUUUUUGCUUUACCCUUUUAAAAGGAUUUUCUAUUUUGUACUGCGGGCUGGUUUAAGAGUAUAUGUAAAUACAUGUAUGAAGGAUUUAUUUUCUCUGGAUCUGAAGGAAAGUUGAUGCACUUUAGGCCUUUGCUGUGAAACCUUUACCCCUCUGUUAUGAUCAUUCUGUUGGAAGCUGGAAGGAGAACAUCUGGGGGCGUGUUCCUGUUGUUUUUUUAAAGUUUAUAUGUUGCAUCUGCAGCCGUGCUGCAUGUAAGCAUUUCACUCAGCGUUGCUUCAGUGCCAGGCAAGAUGAAAUGAACCUCCGACAGGUGGAAUCCUUAAGCUGUCUCUCUCCAUAACUUGAUCCGUUUCGUAGAAUUGGAGAUUUUUGGGAAGCAGGAGUCAUUUGCUUGGAACAACUGCAACAAGAAGAGCUUCCGGUGCUUUGGCACCACCUAUGUAUUGUUGUAGUGCGCAGGAAAGUAAAAUGGACUACAAGCGUCGCUUUUUGCUCGGCGGGUCCAAGCAGAAAGUGCAACAGCACCAGCAGUACCAAAUGCCUGAGCUGAGCCGGACCCUGAGCGCCACUCUGGCUUCCUCUUGCGCUGCCUCGUCGCCCAUGAGCACCGGGGUGGGCAUUCCCGGCAGCUGCCACCCGCCCCCCUCCGGCACCACCACCGCUGUCGCCGACAUCCAGCAAGGCAUCUCCAAAUACCUGGAUGCGCUCAAUGUGUUCUGCCGGGCCAGCGCCUUUCUCACAGACCUGUUCAGCAGCGUGUUCAGGAACUCUCACUAUUCCAAAGCAGCUAUGCAACUGAAGGACGUGCAGGAACACGUCAUGGAGGCGGCUAGUAGGCUGACUGCAGCAAUAAAGCCAGAGAUCGCCAAGAUGCUGAUGGAACUGAGCGCCGGGGCAGCCAACUUCAAAGACCAGAACGACUUCAGCCUGCAGGACGUAGAGGUGCUUGGCCGGUGCUUCCUCACAGUGAUGCAGGUCCAUUUCCAGUUUCUAUCGCAGGCUUUGCAGAAGGUCCAGCCCGUGGCUCAGUCCUGUCUGGCGGAGGCCCUCGCCCAGGCCCAGGAGCGCUGUGCCAACGCCCGCUCCCAAAGCUCUGACCUCGGGCCCCUGUCGGAGCUUGAGGAAGCCUCCCGCUCAUGGAAAGGCGUAGCUGAGGCCACAGGGAGGCUGAGGGAGAGGGGCCGUGACGGCUGCCUGGCAGGUAUCCAGGUUCAGCAGCUUUUUUGCUCCAACAACACCAACAUCCCAGAGCACCAGCUGAAGGAGCUCAACGUGAAGAUUGACGAUGCAUUACAGGCUUAUAAAGCAGCACUGGAGAGCCUGGGCCACAGUGAGUAUGCUCUAAAAGGGGGCUUUCAUCUCAACCCCAAAGCUGUGGAGUCAGCUUUACAGGGUUGCUGUAGUGAAGCGGAGGCUCAGCAGGCCGGCAGGAUGCAGACCACCUCACAACCCAUCCAGUGCGAGCUGCCGACCAUCCCUGUGCAGAUCGGCUCACACUUCCUCAAAGGAGUGUCCUUCAACGAGUCCGCCUCAGAGAACCUCAAAUUGAAAACCCACACAAUGCUGCAGCUUAUCAAGGAGGCGUUGGGACAGAAUGGAAUGACGCACAGAGAUGAUUCUCCAGUGACAGAAGUCCUGAACCAGGUUUGCCCUUCCAGUUGGAGAGGAGCCUGCAAGACGGCUGUCCAGCUGCUGUUUGCUCAGGCUGGUCUGGUGGUUGUUGAUACGGCUCAGAUUGAGAACAAGGAGGCCUACGCACCUCAGAUCACCCUGGAGGGGUCCAAAGUUGUGGUCCAGGUUCCCUCUACAUGGUGUCUGAAAGAGGAUCCAGCAACCAUGUCGCUGCUUCAGCGAAGCCUUGACCCAGAGAAGACACUCGGACUCGUAGACGUUCUCUACACGGCUGUGUUUGACAUCAACAGGUGGAAAGAAAGAAAGGAGCAAGCCUUGCCUACAAUUCAGAUCCAGCUGCAGCGAGAGAUCCCGGACUACGGCAGCCCGACGGAUUCGCCUGUUGGCCCCAGCUCCAAAACUUCCAGCGGCUUGCCGAAAACGAUAUCUAAACUGACUUCCAAGUUCACCAAGAAAGUCUCAUCCAGCUCCAACAGUGGCGGCAGCUAUUCCAUCCCGAGCACUCCGUCGCGCAGCGUGCUGACAUCAAGUACCUCUGAGGACAAGGCCAAAGGCCUGGCUCACAGUGACGGGAGGCUGCAGAAUAUCCUCCAAAUGGGCGGCCUGUCCUGCACCCCCGACUCCACCCAGCAAAACCAUCUGGCUAACGGGGCGGGGUCGGAAGAGCAGGGGAUGAACCUGCCCACUGACCAAGAGAUGCAGGACGUCAUUGACUUUCUCUCAGGAUUUAACAUGGGCAAAUCCCAGCAAGCUUCACCGCUGGUGAAGAGGAGGAACUCUGUGGCUUCAGCUAACCCUACAGAGCUGAAGUCCCAGAGCGGUCCUCUUCUGGCUGCCCAGUCUAUCUCUCACAGUGCCCUGCAAACCCCAGCGCAGCCACAGCCACCUGUACCUGCACCUGCAGUCCAAAAGCAGCCUCAACCGCAGCCGCCUCCUUCACAGCAACAGCCUCAGCAGCAGCAGCCUCAGCAGCAGCAACAGCCCCCUCCUCCUCAGCAAUCCUCCCCACAGGCCCUGCAGUACUACCAGCAUCUUCUGCAGCCCAUCACUCAGCAGCAGGCACCUCCUCCUCAGCUCCCACCUCAGCAGACCCCCCCGCAGGUCCUCCCUCAACAGAGAGUGAUGAGCAAAUGGCUUGGCACCUCCAGCCAGCAGCAUCCACAGCAGCGCCCCCCAGCAGGACUGUCACCACUGGGUCCCAUCGGGCAGUGGGGAUCCCCUGGACUUCCAGACCUGAGCUCAGACCUGUACAGCCUGGGCCUGGUCAGUACCUAUAUGGACAGCGUCAUGUCAGAGAUGCUAGGCCAGAAGCCGCAGGGACCCCGCAACAACACCUGGCCCAACAGGGAGCAGAGUGAGGGGGUGUUUGGAGUUCUGGGAGACUCUCUGCCGUUUGACCCAGCAGUUGGCUCUGAUCCGGAAUUUGCACGGUAUGUCGCCGGCGUCAGUCAGGCCAUGCAGCAGAAACGGCAGGUGCAGCACAUCCGCCAACCCAGCAACCCUCGCAGCAACUGGCCAAUGCCCGAUGAGCACCACCGGACCUGGUCCCACCCCGAGUUCUACGGCGAGGGUGAGCCCAUCAACAGCAGCUGGUCAGCCAACCAGGGGGAUUCGGCCAGCUCCAGUGACGAGGCGUCUUCAGCCAACGGCGACAGCCUCUUCUCCAUGUUUAAUGGUCCAGACCUGGUAGCUGCAGUUAAACAGAGGAGGAAACACAGCUGCGGGGAGCCGGAGGUUUGCACACUGCCUUCCCCUCCGCUGCACCACAUAGGAGACGAUAACCAGGAAAGCAAAACGAAAACCUGGCCCCCGAAAGCACCGUGGCAGCACUCCACUCACACCAACACCAUGCCCAAUCCCAGUUCUUCCUUGUACCAGAUGAGCAUCCCGCCCCCCUCCUCCCAGUGGAGCGAGUCCAUGCAGAUGCUGCAGUCUCCGGUGUGGUCCACUGCCAGCGACUGCUCCCCCUCCACCGGCAUGUCCUCUGGAUAUCCCUUCACCCAACAGCAGCAGCAGCAUAAACAACCCAUGACCAAGGGCUUUAAAUCCUUCCCCCUCAAACCCGAGCACAGGCCCUCGUACCUUCACCAGUACUGACCGCACCGAUGAGCCGCCGAGCGGACCGGGCCGCAGCCUGCACCACUACAAACUGGAAGAUCUCAAAGUACACACACUGGCUCAGCAUUUUUUUUAUGUAUCCAGAUCUUUUCCACGUCAGUCAUCCCCAUCGGAGAAAAGCUGUAUGUCUGAACUGCCAUGUGUGAACUCCGACAGGUGCAUGUGCCACGCCAGCAGCGGUCAGGCUCGUGGUCGUUUCGCUGCCUGCUUUCCUCAGGCGAGAGUCGGAGGCGGUCGUCACCCACUCGCUUCUGCAGCUGAAAGUUUGUGUGUGUGUGUGUGUGUGGGGGGGUAUGGUGAGGGCAGGGGGUGUGGAAUGCCCUCAUUUUUCCUCUAAUAAAUAUACUGUGUCUACAUAGCUGUAACUGCCAAAUCUCAUGCAAGAUAACUCAGAGUACAGCUACCAUCUACUGUUUCAUAGCUUGUAAAAUACUGAAGUUAAAAGAGAAAUAUUUAGUUCUUUUUAUCAAGAGGCUUUGAGCAGGCUCAGCAUAAUGAUAGUAAGUCACUGCAGAGGUGUAAAUCAGAGAGAAAUACACUACUUUUUCAUCAGCUGACCAGAGUUCUAGCUGUAACUAUGUGCCAUGUUGGUAUUGAUAGCACUUGCAGACUUUUAUUCCCAACCAAAGCGUUGUUCAGAUGACCAUUGGUGCUGAUGAGGUGAGGGGCGGGGCGGCUUUUUUGACAAAUGCCGACUCCCUCUCGUUGGACGAGAGAACAUCUCCAUUUCCUCCUCGAAUCGGCGGUGGGUUUUUCUCCAGAUUUGACACCGAACUUCUAUAAACCUAACGUUUCCUCUGUUUUAUUAAUACAAUAUUUUUCUUGUGUACCAUUAUUGACAGUAUUAACUUUAUUUUUGUAAUUCUUCUCACAUGUUAUACCAUACCUGUAUGUAGUCUUGUAAACAUCUUAUUUUCCACUUCCCAAUAUGUGAAAAAGCACAUCUUUUCCUACAGAGUUUGAACUACACCACGGAUCUACAAAGGUUACCAAAAAUGCCAUGCUUAAAACACUAAAACGUUGUGUGACGAGGGGAUUUUUCAAGCCCCUCCUCCUUUGGUUUCUAUGGCAAUGGGCUGCAUUUAAAAAGGCCCAGAAUGUUAUCCUUUUGUGAUGUUUGCGGAUGCCAAUGUUGCCUGUAUUUAUGAGAUGACACCAUGUUUUCAGAAAACUAACAUACUUAACAUGUUUACAGAGAAUUGUUUGCUGUAUAUACAUAUAAAUGUAUAUCUUUUUAUAGUUAAUGUGCUUUGCACAAUCAAAAGAUAGGGUUUGUUGGAUUUUUUGUCUGUUAUCUCAACUGUUGCAGCCUUUUUUAAGACAUCAUCACAGACCUUGGACUGUAACUGUUAGCUUCUCAGCUGUGUCAAAUGGUUUACUAGUGGCUUCUACAAAAGAAAAGAAAAAGAAAAAAAAGAAAAUGUUGUUGCCCUGAUAGAAGAUAUGAAGGGGGACUGCUUGGCUUCUGUUGCUUUUUGUUCUUCUGAGCUGGCAACCGACUCUCUCCAAGUGUACCAGCAAUGCAAAAAGUGAAUAAAAAACAAUUUAGCAA